GUGCCCCGCGCGGUGAAGAAGCGGCGGCCGCAGGCUGGGGGCAUUUUGUGUCCGCCAGAGCAGCGGCUACGAGACAAGAUGGCGGCGACGGCCGCCGAGUGACGGGCCGGCGGCGGCCGCGACCCGGCAGGCUGAGCGCACCCUUUCCCCUUCCCUACCUCUGUAGUACCGCGGGCCCCGCUUCUCGUCUUUCUGGAGGGCUCCGAGAGCCGCCCGGCAGCGGAGCGGGACGAGCUUUGGAAAGGGGACGCCCGCCGGAGCGGCGCGGCUGGAGCUGAGCAGCGGGGACCAGGCUUCCCUGUUCUGUCCCCCUUCCCCUCCCCUCUCUUCCCUCCCCUGUCCCUUUCCCCUCCUCUGGGGCGGCGGUAGAGCCCUCUUUCUCCCCUCAAGCCCCUCAGCCGCCCCUCACCAUGGCGAGUAGCAGCGGCUCCAAGGCCGAGUUCAUUGUCGGAGGCAAGUACAAGCUGGUGCGGAAGAUCGGGUCGGGCUCCUUCGGGGACAUCUAUUUGGCGAUCAACAUCACCAACGGGGAGGAAGUUGCUGUAAAGUUGGAGUCUCAGAAGGCCAGACAUCCCCAGCUGCUGUAUGAAAGCAAACUAUACAAGAUUCUGCAGGGAGGAGUUGGCAUCCCACAUAUACGGUGGUAUGGUCAAGAAAAGGACUACAAUGUUCUAGUUAUGGAUCUUCUUGGUCCCAGCCUUGAAGACCUAUUCAACUUCUGUUCUCGCAGGUUUACGAUGAAAACAGUACUUAUGUUAGCAGACCAGAUGAUCAGUAGAAUUGAAUAUGUGCACACAAAGAAUUUUAUACACAGAGACAUUAAACCAGAUAACUUCCUAAUGGGUAUUGGGCGUCACUGUAAUAAGUGUUUAGAAUCUCCAGUGGGGAAGAGGAAAAGAAGCAUGACUGUUAGUACUUCUCAGGACCCAUCUUUCUCAGGAUUAAACCAGUUAUUCCUUAUUGACUUUGGUUUGGCCAAAAAGUACCGGGACAACAGGACAAGGCAGCACAUACCAUACAGAGAAGACAAAAAUCUCACUGGCACAGCUCGAUAUGCCAGUAUCAAUGCACAUCUUGGCAUAGAGCAGAGUCGUCGGGAUGACAUGGAAUCUCUAGGCUAUGUAUUGAUGUACUUUAACAGAACCAGUCUGCCUUGGCAAGGAUUAAAGGCUGCAACAAAGAAGCAAAAGUAUGAAAAGAUUAGUGAAAAGAAAAUGUCCACUCCUGUUGAGGUUUUGUGUAAGGGAUUCCCUGCAGAAUUUGCCAUGUAUCUGAACUACUGUCGUGGCCUGCGCUUUGAAGAGGCACCAGAUUACAUGUAUCUGAGGCAAUUAUUCCGUAUUCUUUUCAGGACCUUGAACCACCAAUAUGACUACACAUUCGACUGGACAAUGUUAAAGCAGAAAGCAGCACAGCAGGCAGCCUCUUCCAGUGGGCAGGGGCAGCAGGCCCAAACCCCCACAGGCAAGCAAACUGACAAAUCCAAGAGUAACAUGAAAGGUUUCUGAGCAUGGCGAGGAUGGGACAAAGCAGAGCAGAUCGGAGCAGGACUUGUCACUCCCCAAAUCCUAGAAAUUUUAGUUCAUACGUACACUUGCCAGUGGCUGUGGGCAACCAUUUACUUGGUGUAAAGAACUUACUAUCAGUAUAAACUGGCUCUGGGCAGUGUCAGUGAUGCUGCACUUUGAGUUGUAGCAGCUGUAAUUGUGAAUAUUACUGAGAUAGUGAAAUAUGGUGUCCAGUUUUCUAUUGCAUUUUUUUCAAGUGGAAAAGUUAACUAAUGGUUGACACACAAGUGGAGAAAAUUGUGCAUAUGCCAAUUUUUGUUACCUUUUUACUUUGAACUACACUGCUUAUGAGAUCUCAUUGUUUUGGAAGAAUGGCAUGAACAGUCUUCGGCAACAGUUGUGAUAAUUGUAAAUGCUCACAAUUGUGCACUCUUUUCUGGUUAUUCCUCCCUGGGUUUUGAAAGUUGUACACUUAAAACAUUCUUAAAGUUGUUGGCUUCUAUGUGCAACAUACCAAGCCAGCUGACAUGGUAGUAACCAAAGAUUCCAGUUUUUAAGCGUAUGAAAGACUCUGCCUGCUUACCUGUGCUAGAAAUAACAGCAUCUAAAGUGAAGACUUAAGAGAAACUUAGCGACUACUAGAUAAUCUUUAGGACUCUGCAUUAACUCUAUAAUGUUCUUGGUAUAAAAGGAAAAACAGCAUAUUUGUCACGAAAUUUAGUUAACAUCUUACAACUGAACCUGUAUGUAAGUUGCUUAGAUAAAUGUAAUCACUGUAAACAUCUAUAUGAUCUGGGAUUUUGUUUUUAUUUUGAAGCGGGAGCUUUUUUUGUUUACAAGUUCAUUAAAAACUAAAAACUGUUUUCUGUAAGGAAAUGAGGUUUUUUAAUUUGCCUUGUUAAUUCAGUUGAAGAAAUCUGCAUUACCCUGUUUUUAAACCAAGUUGCAAGGCCAUUUGUUAAGCAAAAGACGUCCUAUUUCUUUCUAAAUCAUUUUAGAUUUAGUGUUGUAACUCUUCCUCGUUUUGUUUUUAAAUAAAUUUUGUAUUUUUUCCUUGAGGGGGAAGGGGCAGUCUUGCAUUUUUAUAACUUGUUGGUUGAGACCAGCCCUCUGUACUAAAGAUUGGAGCUUUUUAAACCAAAAUGGCAUCUUUUGCAGACCCGGCACGGGCAGCCCCUCCCCGAGCGCUGCCGUGUCCCGCGCCGGCUGGACUGACCUGGGAUUGCUGGUUUUAAGCAAACAAAUUUGGAUGGAGUAUUUGGAUGGUUUUAAACCAAGGCAUUUUCUUUCAAGUUCUUGUGAAGUGGAUAUGACCAGAUUUACUCUUGUUCUCGGGGACAGCCUCGCACCAUGCAGAGUUCACAUUGGUUACUGCCCCAGGCUGUCUUCCUUCUCACUCCUAUUCUAGCCCAGCUGAAAGAAAGAAAUACUUUUAUUGCUGGUAAUUCUUUAACAGUGUAAUUUAUUCCUUUAUAGCAUGUCAGAAUAAAUUAAAAAAUGUCUGAAAAUGCUGCCA